AUGUCGGAGAAGACGCCGCCGACGAAGGCGACGCUGAGCCGGCCAUGCGUUCUGAUCAUAGCGAUGGCGGGCGUGGAGAGGUUCGCGAACAAGGGGGUGGGGUCGAACCUGGUGACGUACCUCACCAGCGUGGUGGGGAUGAGCACGGCGGCGGCGGCCAAGAGCGUCAUCACCUGGAACGGCGUCAGCUUCAUGCUGCCGCUCGUCAGCGCCAUCCUGGCUGACUCCUACUGGGACCGCUACUGCACGAUCGCCGCCUCCUCCUUGCUCUACGUCUUCGGAAUGGUAGCACUCACCAUAUGGGCACUGCUGCGGACACGGAUGCCGCGCUCCACGCUCUUCUUCCCGCUCUACCUGAUGUCCAUCGGGCAAGGUGGAUACCAGCCUUCACUGCAAGCCUUCGGCGCCGACCAGCUUAGCAUCGGGGACGACGACGACGACACCGAGCCAGGCGCGACGCCGGAGGAGAAGGCCAAGGUGAAGAGCAUGUUCUUCCAGUGGUGGUACUUCGGCAUGUGCAGCGGCAGCCUGCUGGGGAACUCCACCAUGUCGUACGUCCAAGACAACUUCGGCUGGGGCCUCGGUUUCGCCAUCCCCAGCGCCGUCAUGGCCCUGUCCGUCGCGGCCUUCUUCUGCUGCACCCCUCUUUACAAGCAGCAGACACAGCCAAAGGGCGCCGGUAAUAAGCCGUCUCCGAAUAGCGUCUUCAAGGUCCUCAAGUCGAUUCUCGCUAGUAGCCGAAAGAUCAGUCUGCCGUCGAGAGACGACAAUGGCGACGCCACUUCUGAGCUUGAGUUGCAGGAGAAGCCACUGAAAGCUGAACCAGCAGAUACAAAGGAGUCGUCCCUGGAUGAGGCUGCUCCCACUCCCAGCGUGGCCAAGGUCAUCCUCGGCUUCCUGCCAAUCUGGGCGAUCCUGCUCGUCUUCGCGGUGAUCUUCCAGCAGCCGAUGACGUUCUUCACCAAGCAGGGGAUGCUGAUGGACCACACGGUCGGCGUCGGCGGCGGCUCCUUCGUGAUCCCGCCAGCGAUGCUCCAGAGCUCGAUCACCGUCUCCAUCAUCCUGCUCGUGCCCAUGUACGACAGGAUGAUCAUCCCGCUGAUCAACGCCGUCACCGGGGGCAGCGACGGCAUCACGGUGCUCCAGCGGAUCGGCGUCGGCAUGGUCCUCUCCGUCGUGGCCAUGGUCACCGCGGCGCUCGUCGAGUCGUGGCGGCUCCGCGUGGCGCCUGUCCGGCUGAGCAUCUUCUGGCUCCUGCGGCAGUACGUUCUGCUGGGGAUCUCGGACGUGUUCACGGUGGUGGGGAUGCAGGAGUUCUUCUACACACAGGUGCCGGCCUCCAUGAGGACCACCGGCAUCGGGCUCUACCUCAGCGUCUUCGGCGUCGGCGGCUUCCUCGGCGCGUUCCUGAUCACCGUGCUCGAGAUGGCCACGGCGAGACCCGGCAACGCCCGAGGAUGGUUCUCUGACGAUCCGCGGGAGGCGUGCCUGGAUAACUUCUACUGGUUCUUGGUUCUCCUUUGCUUCAUCAGCUUUGUGAUCUUCACGCACUUAUGCAAGUACUACAAUGGCAAAUCUGCGUCAGGGAGGUUGAGUGAAAAUUCCAUACUUCUAUUUGCAGGAUGA